UGGAGCCUGCCUGACAGCCGUCCCAAGUACCACUGUCAAACUGCCCGUGGCCCGCAGAGAAGAGAGAGACAGUUUUUCCGGUCACAGUUUUUCAAAAUAAGAUGAUGGUUCCAAAAAUAUUCUUCUGUCUUCCAAAUUUCUCGGUUGAACUAUCAGUGCCUAGCUGUUAAAGUGAAAAGGAUGGUACAUUUACCUUUUCAGUUAUACAAGAUAAAAUAACAGCAAAAUAAUAGUUUACAAGAUUUGUAAGAUUACAAUUUUUAACUGAAAAAAACAUAAUUUCAAUAUCAGUAUGUUCACUUUGCAUGAAUGUAGCAAGCUAUACGUUGGUGGAUACAUGUAUGAUGUACAUGCAUUCUGAAGCCUAUAGAUAAACCAUUGAACGUUUAUGUGAUAUAAUUUAAUAAUCUGUCUGUCUAGGGUUCAGACAAUCACAAAUAAAUAUCAUGGUUUGUACAGUAUAUUAGAUCAAUUGUAAGUGUAAUGUUGCCAACAAUUGCCUAGUCCAUGUAUAGUUAAUUUAUGGCAUGGUGGCCAACCCAAUGUCAUUUACAAUUUAAAUAAAUUGGACUUUUAUGUUAAAUAAAUUGCAAGUGCAAAAAAUAAAAGCAUAAAGAUAUACUAAUAUUUAUAAUGCUAAACGGUCUCACUGGCCAAUAAUUGAAAAAUAUUAAAUCUUUGGAGGGCCAUGUCAAAAUUAUAAAUGGGUAGGUUCAGGACCUUCAGAUCUAAAGUCCAAAUGACAAAUAUACAAUAAUCUGGAAAGAAAUGAGAAAGCUAAUUUUAUGCUAGCUAAAUGUUAACAAAGCACAAGCUAAAAUGCACGAUUCAUCUUUUUUAAAUGAUGUAUACUGGUCUUUUUGUGCUAAAGUAUAAAUAAAAAAUCUUUGUUUUUCAGGAUUUUUUUCAAGUUAAUCGUCAUGAUGAAGAAAAAUAUUUAGUCAAAUAAUUACUGUUACUGAAAAUAAUUUGGUGAGGAAUAUCAAAAAUGGGAUUGUACAACAGUGACAAACAUUUAGAAUUUGUUUGCAUUUCUUUGAUUUAUUUUUUGUAUCUGUUAUUGAAUGUUGAGCAAACCUGAUUUGGAACAUGGCAGUUUGGCCUACUUGUGCUAAAAUCUGAAUAAGUAUUUAGAAUAAAUAAUAUCCUGGGUAUAUUACACUGUUCUUUGCUGGGAUUUAACAUGUAAAACCAAGCUUUUACAAAUAAGCAUUAGCCUUUUUAAAUGCAAAAUAUAUGAUACAAUGUCUUGAGGACCUAAAUGGCACCAAAUGCUAUGACCCAUGCUGUGACAUUUCAUGUUUAAAGGUUCGAAAAUCACUAAUUCACUGUGUAUAGAUUUGUCUGUAUAUAUGGAUGUAGUUCAACAGGUUUUUUGACACUUAUACUAAACAGUCAGCAGAUGUCACUCUUACCCUAGUUUACUAUUUGUUCGCUUAAUUCUCUGAGAUUGCGGUAUAAAUAUGUGCAUAUUGAUAGAUCGCAAUCAAUUGGAAUGUGCAUUGUUUUUUCAAGCAGAAAUUGCUCAGUUGGGAGAGCGUUAGACUGAAGAUCUCAAGGUGGGGACACUGUAUCUCGGUCUGUAGGGACCUGUUGCAGGUUUAAGUCCCGAUUGAGCCAAAAAGACUUCUCCAUGUCGCCGGAAAACCUUGUAGCCUCUUCGCUCUAGAUCCUCUUUAAAAAUGCAAAGUGCUCCCUGAGGCCGCAGAACAGAAGGAUGAGCUCGGUACAGAGAUCACUGAGUCAGCUGCUGGGAGCAUGGAGGUGGAAGAGGAGGGCGGAGUACUCUCUCUACUCUGCCACUGGAUUUCACUGCAGGAACUUCUGCUCCACCCCUUCAGGACCAGAAGAAGCCCUAGAGAUCCACAAGAGGAAGCUCUUCCUGUGGUUCAGCCACCUUCCCCAGGAGGAGAAACAGUUCGGAGGCUACUUCAGUCCGGAGACCAUGCACGUGGACCCGCUGAUCCUGGAAAGAAAUGCUGAGGAGAGGGCAGGACUGCUCAGUUCCCCUCUCCACACCCAGACCCCCUCCAGCUUCCCUGUGACCGUGGAGCAGCUGUUUGAAUCCACCGAUGCCUGGAGUGAGGGCCGGGGACUCAACGUGCUGCUGUAUGGGGCCGUGGGAACGGGGAAAAGUACCGUGGUGAGAAAGCUGGUGCUGGAUUGGUGCGCAGGGACCACCCUGACUCACUUCAAGCUGCUGGUUCCUUUCUCUUGUGAGGACCUGGGCCAGCUGUCAAAGACAGCCUCCUUGAGGGACCUUGUGGGCAGGAAGUACCUCCACCUAAAAAAACACCCUCUACUUGGCGGGGAGGGAAACCAGGCCAAGGAUGUACUCUUCCUCUUCAAUGGGAUGGAGAAGAUGAAACUGGACUUCCGGAUCGGAGCCACGGAGCUUUGCAGUGACCCUAACGAGAUGCUGCCUCCAGGUGUGGUGGUGGUCAACCUGCUGAGGAAGUACCUCCUGCCUGAGGCCAGCAUCUUGGUAACCACCAGACUGUCUGCCCUGGACCGUAUCCCUCAGAAGUACGUGACUCGCUAUGCCCAGAUUUGUGGCUUCAAUGAUCCGGACCGCCAGCGGGCUUACUUUACCAGCCGCCUGAUGCAGCAGAGUGGAGAAACUACACAAAACAAUGAGGCCCAGGCUCUGAUAGAGCUGCUCUACCUCAACCUUCAGAGAGAGAGCCAGCUGGCUGCAGCCUGCUUCCUCCCCUCCUACUGCUGGCUCACCUGCGCCACCUUACACUUCCUCCAUUUCACCGACGCCAAGGCCCCCAUACGCACGCUGACUGGCAUCUACACCAGUUUCCUCAGACUCAACUUCGGAGGGGAGGUGCUUGGCGCGGGGAUGGGGACAGAUUCGGCCAUUCAGGAGCACCAAACUUCCCUGAUGUUGUACGUAGUCCGUACGGUCGGGAAACUUGCCUUUGACGGCGUGACGUACAAACGCACGUCAUUCUCAGAAAAGGAGCUGGAGCAGUGGAUAGGAGGCAAGACCAAGACAGAUGAGGAACUCCGUCAGCUGGCCAUGUUCCGGACUGACGUGCUGGACUUUUUCUUGGCUCCAUGUGUUGAAAGCGUCAAGCACUUUCCAGAAGACCCCAGUAAGAUCGAUGAGAAGCGGUAUGUGUUUGCAGUCCCGGCCAUGCAGGAGUACCUGGCGGCUCUCUACGUCGUUCUAGGAGAGAACAAAUCUGCCCUGGAGAAGAUGACCAAGCAGGUGUCUGUGGCCAUUGGUCAAGCCAGUGAGGAUGUCAGUGCCAUCUUUAACAUCCUCUCUAAGUUCAUUCCCCUCCGCAUAUUUGCUGUUUUCAACCUCCUCAAGCUUUUUCCAAAGCUCUACGAGAAGAUCAGCAUUAAAAACAAAGGCAGCAUUGCCAGAACCAUGGCGGCAGAGAUGUUCCGCACCGAGGAUAGCUACAACGAGGACGUGCUGGAUCAGGUGGAGCAAAGCCUCCUGGGAGUCCAUGGCCCGAAGCCCAAGCAGAUCAGCGAGGCCCAGCCUUUUGAGCUCUACCCUAUCUUCAUGGGGGGACUGUUGCAUUAUGGUAACCGGGUCCUUCUCCAGCAACUCGGCUGCAGCAUUCAGAGCACCACUGUGGCCCAGAUCACUCAUGCCCUCAGGAAGUACCUGGUCAGAGAGCUCAGCAAGCCUCAGCCACCAGCGGAGCUGAUGGAUCUUCUGGUGCUUCUCUACGAGUUCCAGAACCCCCGACUGACCGCCGAGGUCCUGGCCUCCAUCAGAUCCAUCCGCCUCACCAACGUCCGUAUGACGUCCCUCAAGUGCUUCAUCCUGAGCUCUGUGCUCUCGUGCAGUCCAGCCAGUUACCGGCUGGAACGGCUGGACCUGUCCGCCUGUAUGCUGACUCAGGACAUGCUGCCCACGCUGUGGCCUGCCUUCAGGCACACUUUCAACCUCAACUUGCAGUUUAACAGCCUGGGUCCUGAGUCCUGCAUCCUCCUCAGGGAUCUGCUCCUAGACCCCAAGAGCUCUAUAAGAUCUCUACAACUGUGUGACAACCCUUUGCUGGAGUCUGGAGCCGGCUCUCUGCUGGAGGCCUUUCCGGAGAACCAGUCUCUGACGCACCUGUCCCUGAUGCACACUGGGCUCGGGGACCAGGGGGCCCUGGAGCUGGCUGAGAGGCUCCAGCAGCAGAAGGGGCUCCAGGAGCUCAACGUGGCCUACAACAACAUCGGAGACAUGGCGGCCAUGACUCUCGUGGAUGCCUGCAGGGAACACCCCAGCAUUCACACUGUGCACUUGUACCUGAACCCUCUCACUGAUGUGGGGAAGCAGUCGCUGUAUGUCCGAGGCGAUCCCAAGAGCCACAGCGGCCGGAGGGUCAAGGUCCUGGCUUCAGUCACCGAGGGCUCAGACCUCUCGGAGGACUGGCAUCCCAUCCUCAGCGUGAUACAGAAGAACAUCUCCUCCUGGGACCGAGAACGUGUCAAGGAUCAGCUUAAGGUGUUCCUCAGGGACCUGGAGUGGGGGCGUCAGCAGCAGCCGAGCCUCUGGAAGAGGCUGCACUUCCGCAGGGUGGAGAAGGGCGUGCGGCAGACUCUACAGAUGCUGGAAAAGAACACUAUAUCUCCAUCCUCAGGAAAAAGCAAAUGAGCCAUCAACGCCAAGAGCUGAAAAGAGCUUCAUCUUCAUCAGUACAACAGUUUAAGAAGCCUUUCAAAGAGACUUUGUUUUAGCACUUCCUUUAAAAUCGUAACAGAGAAUUCAGUUGGGAAGCUCACAGCGAGCUUUUUACCAAUAAACAGCAAUAAGCAUUUUAUUUCGGCGGUGUGAUACUGCUUAUGUAAUGCAAUGGAACAAAAAUGAGCUGCUUGACAUUGACUAUUCAGGUACAUGAUAACUCAGGAGGGGGCUGGGGGAUGGAGGGAGGUAAAUGUAUUUAGUUUUUAAAGAAUGUUGACGGGUAUCAUCUGAUUCAUGAUAAAGAACAAAAAAGCAGCAAUAUUUUAAAGUAUGGCAAUGCAAAAAUCCUUAUGAAAUAUUAGACUAAUAUUAUGCAGGGCUUGAAAUGAUUUACAACUGAAAAAAGACAUGUUAUGUUGAAGUUUGAAAGUACCACCAGCAUGUUUUCCUCUCAAACUGAAGCAGAUUGUUUGUUAAAUGUUUACUUGCUGGGUAUAUGUCAGUCUUUAUGGGUAGUUUGACAUUGUUGAAGCUAAGUUGGGAGACUGAUGGGUGAUUUUAAUUUUGGUGCUUCCAUAAUAUUUUCCCAAAUUUGUUAGGAGCCCAAGCAGCCACAUCAGUGAUGAGCCUGAUAUCACUUUUAUAAUGUAUUUAUCAAACCAACCAAGUGUAUUUUAAGGUUUUUCCUUCGAGUCAUUCAGUUCAAAAGACAACAAAUAUUCAGUGCACUGUGUCUGCAUCCCAUGGAAGUGUCUUUAUUGCCCUUCUCUGCUGCCAGUAGAUUCUCUGAUAUGUUCACUUGCCUUAUUUUAACACCAGCAGUUGAGCUGUAUUUUGUUUUAUUUUGUUAAUACAUAGCUGUUAAACCUCUAUGUAGUGUUUUCAGUAGGAAACUGAACCGAUUUGUUACAUUUUAUAUGAAUGAGCUGUACGAAGUACCAGGAGCUGGUAUUAAAUGUCGAGUUGAAUCAAAGUUUUAAAGUUAUUUCAUGAUUAGAGUUCCUGCUAGAACUUUAAAAUAUGUAAGUAUUAAAUAUGAUAUUAUACAUAUAGUCAAAGUUUUGUAGAUCUACUUGUAGAAGUUAUUUGGCUUCUUUGGUUAAUAGACAGUAUGGUUUUGUAAAAACCCAUGUUCAACCAACUCUCGAAAAAAGUGUGUUAAAAAACACGAUACUCCUAUUCCUUUCUUAUUGUUUGUGGUGUCAAAGGUAAAUUGUAUCAAUAGGAGGGCUGUACCUAAUAACUUCAAAGCUUGAAAGUUGAAAUAGGAAUUAUAAAUCAUCAUCCAAAUGAUUUGCAGCUCCUUUUUAUUUCCAAAGAGUGUUUUUAGGCCAUCUGUGCCUUUUAACACAGAGCCAGAUUUGAAAGGGGGAGAUGUGGGGGAUAUGAGUCAAGGGUCCCAGGUGUCCCCACAGUAUAUGCACCAUUGUAUAGCUCACCUGCUAAAGCUGGCUGCACAGAGGGAGCUUCAGCUCCUAUUACCAUUUUUACCCAUCCAUCAUUUCAUACUGUUAAACACCCAAACAGAAACUUGACUGUCCUGGGGUAAUUACCCCAGACUGAAGGUUUUUACAGACUUCUGAAUUAACCAUUCUCAUUCAUGAGCUCAUGGCGGUGCUCCGUUACAGCUAACAGUAUUGCACUAUAGAUGAAUAAACAUUAGAAAAUGUAGAGAUGUACAGAGAUUUUUUUAAAAAGGCAAAAACUGGGUUUAAAGAGAGGGGGAACUUAAUCAUAACAGGAGUGGAACUUAAAAUGAAUACAAAAAAAGUGAUGGAUAUUUGGCCUUUAAUUUGGGCAUUUAAAAAAUAUAUUCCAGCUUGUCUGGUGGGAAACACGGCUGGAUCAUGUUAGCUAGCUGAUGUCGGCAGAAGCCUGUUCAGUUAUUUAUGUAACGGCUCACUUUAAGAAACUAAAAUCUUCCUUUAACAUGUGGGUUGAUCCCCUUUAUAUUGGCCAGGUUUUUUUAUGGAUCUCUGGAGGAUGAUGGCGUGUCACUUUUGCGCAGCCAGUGCUAUGAGCCUGAACAUGUUGUACAAAAGCGAGUAACUUCUGUAGGCACAUUCAUGCAACCACAACAAAAGAACAAAUAGUGUUUUCUGGGAGGGGACGCUCAGAUCAUUUCAACCUUAACGCAUGUUCUUCAACAAUUCUAAUAUGAUUUCACAAGUAAAAGGUUAUCGAGGACUGCUGCCUUAUUUUUACUUCAUUUCUGAUGUUCUAUACUCGGAUCAACAUGAUGUGGUGCAUGUUCGGUGCUCUAAUUUUACUGCUGGAAUGUAAUUCAAACGUGCUGCAUUAAAUGUUAUAAUGUAAA